AUGGGGAGCCUAUUGAUCAGGAUAACCCGUAAAGUUGCGGUAAAUGCUGGCCUAUUGUUUUCGUCAAUGGCGAAAACAUCUAAUAACAUGAUGAUCAGCCGACGGUUGUCUUCGGCAGCAGUGACAAAAAGAUCUUAUUCCAUGGUCUCUGAUAUCCAUUUAAAAGAAAGAAACAUUUACAUCAUUGAGAGUAUGGACAAGUAUAAUUCGGUCAAUAAUAUUAUAAAAAAUCUUUUGUUCCUGGAGUCCGAGAACCCGUCCAAGCCCAUCAACUUGUACAUCAAUUAUCCUUUUGGUGUGCCUGCUGUUUAUGCAGGUAUGGCUAUCUACGACGCAAUGCAGUAUAUUCGAUGUCCCAUAAACACAAUAUGUUUGGGUCAAGCUAUGGAGAUGAGCUCACUCUUGUUGGCUGCAGGGACAAAUGGACGAAGAUUUGCUCUCCCAAAUUCAGAGAUUACGAUUUAUCAAACAGCUUAUCAUCCACAAAUGGAUGAGUAUUGGGUCAAGAAGAUGGAUGUAUUGAGUGCAUUGUAUUUCAAACAUACUGGACAAACUGUAGAAAUAAUCUCGGAAAAGCAUCCAUUGGAGAGCUAUAUCUUGACUCCUGAAAAGGCCAAGAAAUUGGGACUAAUUGAUGAGGUCGUUAUCCAACGUCCUGAUGGGCUGAUGACAGUUCAAAAUGCACCGGAGAAUGUUUAG